AGAAGAAUUAGGUCGUGUUUGGAUAUUGAUUGGUGAGUUUGGUAAAUGGGGAGGGUGUUCGUGAUUGAUUUGGAUGGAAACAAGUAUACUUGCAAGCACUGCCAAACGCAUCUAGCUUUGGUUGAAGAUAUUGUGUCUAAGUCUUUCCACUGCAGGCAUGGGAAGGCUUAUCUCUUUGAUAAAGUUGUGAAUGUUAGUGUUGGAGAGCAAGAAGAGCGGAUGAUGAUGACUGGAAUGCACACUGUUGUUGACAUAUUCUGCGUGGGUUGUGGAUCAAUUGUGGGAUGGAAAUAUGAAGCUGCUCAUGAAAAGAGCCAAAAAUACAAAGUUGGGAAAUACAUUCUUGAGAGGUUUAAAGUGCUGGGUCCCGAUGGGAGCAACUAUUUGAUCACUCAAGACGCACAGAUGGUUGGAAGCGAUGCUGACGACAUGUGAUUAGGCAGCUGGACUUGUCAAAUUAUUUUAAACUGUACAUCCUCAAUCAUCAUUUUUCUUGGUUAUGUAAUACAGGUUAAUUUGGGAGAAUAAGCACUUCUUCUGAAUACGAGUUUUCAAUUCUUGGCAUUUAAUAUACAGCACAUAUUCUAAUAUCUUGAUAAUUAAAACAAAAA